CGUGCGACGAUGGUGCUCCUCCGCAGGCGGCCCUGAGGAUGCGCCACGACCCCCCCGGCACGGUCCGGUGCUCCGCGCUGCUGCUGCUGCUGCUGCUGCUGCCGUGCGCGGUGCGAGGCUGCUCUCCCGGGCCCGGCGGCGGCCGCCGGCGCAGUCCGCGCAAGCUGACGCCGCUGGUGUUCAAGCAGCACGUGCCCAACGUACCCGAGAACAUGCUCGCGGCUAGCGGACUUCCCGAAGGACGCGUGGAUCGCGGCCACAAACGGUUCAGGGACCUCGUGCCCAAUUACAAUGCGGAUAUUGUCUUCAAGGACGAAGAAGGAACUGGAGCCGACAGGCUCAUGACGCAGAGAUGCAAGAGCAAGCUCAACACACUGGCCGUGUCCGUGAUGAACCAGUGGCCAGGUGUGCGGUUGCGAGUAACAGAGGGCUGGGAUGAAGAAGGCCACCACGCACCCCACUCUUUACACUACGAAGGGCGCGCCGUGGACGUGACAACCAGUGACCGCGAGCGCUCCAAGUAUGGCAUGCUAGCGCGCCUGGCCGUGGAGGCAGGCUUCGACUGGGUCUACUAUGAGUCGCGCACCCACAUACAUCUUUCUGUGAAGUCAGAGUCUUAUGGGUCAGCGCGCACUGGAGGCUGCUUCCACGGCGACAGCCUUGUGCAGACGACGGCGGGAACCAAGCGACUGGCCGAUGUGCUGCUGGGCGAACACAUUCUGGCGCUGGGUGCCGAUGGCCGGACGCCGGUGUAUAGCGAAGUGAUCGCCUUCUUGGACCGGCAGCCCGAUGCUGAGCGCGUGUUUUAUUCUAUCGUCACCGAAUGCGGACUCCACCUAACGCUAACACCAGGCCACCUGGUCUACUACGCGGAUGCCGGCCGGGACGUGUUGCCGACGUUUGCAGCGCGCAUCAGACCCGGCGGUUUCGUGCUUGGCCAAGAGAAUAGCACACAACUCCCAACAAGGACUAUGCGGACUCUGCGUGUGCGAGACGUGCGCGCUGUGUGGUUAUCGGGUGUAUAUGCACCGCUUACAAGAGAGGGAACUGUGAUAGUGGAUGGUGUGGCAGCAUCCUGCUACGCGGGUGUGCAAAACCAGGCGCUGGCGCACUGGGCUUUCGCACCGCUACGCUUGUGGCGCAGCCUCGUGGCAUCCUCAGAACCUGCAGCGUGCAGCUGUGAGGGAGUGCACUGGUACGCGGACGUCCUGUAUCGACUCUUCUACCGACUGCUGCCGAGUGCCUACCUCUUGGAGUGAAGCACCGUGUUAACUUAUUUCCGUGACAGGCCUUGUACUUUGCGCUCGGCGAGUGCGGCGUCAUUCCGCGACUUCGGAAGUGUGUCUUUUGACUGUGCCUCUUGCCCGCACCGCAUUACUAAGGGUUGCAGAAGACGUCAACCUUUCCAUUAUACGAAUGCAUUUUCAUUAGCAUAAUGUUUUGAAAGUGUAGAGAUGUUCGAGGGUCCCAUCGCGUCGGGGGAGACCUCCGAAAAGAGGUCGCAACGAUGAAUGCAUCGGAAGGACCGACAACAAGCUGGACUCCGUAGGAAUUGCCGUAACGGAAAUUUUCCCCCCUUAUUUGAAUAUGACUUAGGAAUUGCAUACAAAAGCACAAAAACUAUUUUUUGUGGCUCAGAACUGCGUGCAUUGGCGUUGUUGUACUACGUAGACUGUGGAGGUUACGCCGAUUUGCUCCUAUAAGGAGCCGGUACAUCAUACCAGCUUGAUUCUGCUUUAUCAGAAGCUUGCUAAGGUUGAGGUUUAGGCUUGUUUGUUCAUGCCUAAAAUAGAAAAUAUGCAGCACAAUAUUCAGGCAGGACGCACAAGAAGGCACGACGAAAGUGCGGACUGCCAAUUUAUAUUAGUGUACAUUUACAUUAACAAAAAAUAAAAAAAAUAUUGACAUGAUUUGGUGCCCCUAUUUCUUCGAUAUACGUCACCACUGGGCCUCACAAAGGCAUGCUAUACAUAUCACAUACGGUUGAAAAAAUGAAUAUCUUCUUGUGAGAAAUAGCAUGCUCCCACAGGCUUGACACGCUCAAUUUCUGCUCGUUUAGGUAUUUUUUGUUCUUGUUAUUUUUGUUGCUAUUUGCUACAAUUAUUUUGUAAAACAUUGGCUUCCAGCCAGAAUUUCUUCAAUGGAAGCCUCGAUGGCCUAUGAUUGCUCUAUUUACGUUGUUUUGAUGUUCCUUUAGUCACUCAUUGUUUUCCUAUCUAUUUUAUGUUAUGCCUUAACCGGUAACUGCAAGGUAUCGCAGUUUUUUUAUUUUUCUCUUCUGUUUGCUUCCAUUUCCCUCCAGUCACGCCUUAUGUUAGCCUUUAUCUUUUCAAGAAAUGAUUUUGCUACCGAUGAGUUCAAUGCUCUGCAUCCUGAAAGGCUGCGUUUCGUCAAGUGAAAACAUGAUUUGGUGAACUAUUUCGUGAAGCACACUUCCCUUCAGUCGAUUUGUUAUAAGCUACAAAUGUUUAUAGUCAAAUUAAAAAAGCACCGCGUGGCUCGUGUCGCACAGAAAACUCGAUCUUUAGAAAAAGAAGGUUUUAGAUAUAAAACAUUAAUAUAAAUUUCUACCAACAACUGGAAAUUUAGUACAAGUGGUUUUAAACCUAUUGUACUAACUUUAAAGUCUGUGUGGACCGAAUAAAAGCUUGUAAAAGAAUCCAUUGCAGUGACGUGCUUCACGAAUGCCUUAAGCGGAUCAUAAGCUUAUUUCACGACAGACAUUUUUAACAAAAAGAUAGACCGUCUUCAGGUGCCACGGUAUUCGAAGAAUGCACUGGCAUUCAUUGCGGGAUAAGUUCUUGAAAAGAUAAACGUUGUUGAAAGAGAUAGGCAUAAGGAAAGUGAUCCAAACAAGAGAGAAAAAAACCUGUGAUUCCUUGCAUUCGCCUGUUAACCUUUAAACUAGAGAAAAAGAAAGGAAAGCAUUCCUGUGUAGGAGUCGUAUUGAAUGUGCAUAUAAAAUUAUGCACAAUGUGUCUCAAUGUAAACGAAAAAGGAAUGUAGCCAAAUUUGUGUUCUAUAAACUGGUUUUUGAACUGCUUUAAAGGUGUUACACGUUCGAUCCUAUUGUCCUGUAAAUGAGAUAUAUAAGGAAAGAGGAAGAUGUCCUAAUAAGCCACAGAAAGAGCAAUGAAUCGACGUACAUGGAGCAAAGAGUGGCCACCCAGGCUUUCAUUGCAGGGAUUGUGUUUGCAAGCCAAUCUUUUCCGAAGUAAUAGUAAUGGCAAGAAACAAAAAACACUACGACUAGAGAGAUAUUGACGCAGUAUAAUUAGAACGUAUCGUGACUAACCUUGUGAGCGUGCCACCUCUAACCCUUUCACAAAAAGAAAGUUUAUUGCUUCUCGGCCUUUUGCGAAGAUCACAGGGUUUUAAUUUUCAUCAAAGUGUUGUUCUUAGUUUGAAAUCCAACUGUUUAGUCUAUGUUACCUGCUUUUAUCAUAUACAGAUCUAUCGCUGUUCUAGUUUAGUUCGAUUCAUGUUUAGAUGCUAUUGGGAUGCAAGAUAUCAAGCUUAUUUUUGUGAAGGAGCGGAUGCUUCAACUUUGCCCCGGAUUGACCCAGUGUAGCACAAAAAUUAUUUUUUUAACCGUGUGUGAUAUGUAUAGCACUUGUUUGUGGCCGUCAGAGGUGCUUUAUGUCGACGAGAGAUAGUGACACCAAAAAAUGUUUUGUACGUCUAGGUAUAAUGUGCCCACAUGUUGAAAAGUUAAAUCAGUCAAGAGUGAGCAUUCUUUUUGUUGUGUGUACUUUCAGAAUAUUGCACUGCUGUUUUUCUGUAGAAGAGGUUAAUUAUUAUUCUUCUAACUGACACAAGAGACGAGGACGAGCGUCCUCGUCUUUUGUGUUAGUGUGCGGAAGUUUUUGCCCUGAGAAGAUUAAUAAUGGAUUACCAAUUAGCGCAAUCCUACACUUUACGAAAGAGGUUGGCACUGAAAAGAGGAAAUCAAAAACUCAUGCCGAGUGAUAGCGUGGACGCGUCUUCCACUACUGCUGAUGUGGAUUUGCAGCAAAUCACAGAACUUCAGUGACCUAUGUUUCACAAACUCAAGCAUCGCAUCUUCCUCGGCCUAUAACCGUACGAGAUCAUUGGCUUUGGGGAUUUAUUGAUUGAUAUGUGAGGUUUAACGUCCCAAAACCACCAUGUGAUUACAAGAGAUGCCGUAAUAGAGUACUACUCCUCAAACUUCGACCACCUGGCGUUCUUUAAAAUGCACCUAAAUCUGAGCACAUGGGCCUACAGCAUUUUCGCCUCCAUCAUGAAUGCAACCGCCACAGCCAGGAUUUGAUAUGUUGACCUGCGUGUCAGCAGCCGAGCACCUUAGCCAUUAGAAUCCCCAUGGUGGGACAUCGGCUCAGGAGAAUUCCGGUACAAAGGUUUUUCGGCGUUUUUCACGCUACCCUUCCAUAAUUGGACACCCUGAUCGAAAAUAUCUCUACUCAACUAAUGAAAACAUAAUCCAUGAAGGUUAGUGUGUCAGUCUCUUUGUCAAAAUCAUGGCAACCUCAAAUGCCUUGUCACCCCAGCAGUUAUCUUUCUUACCAGAUGAACCUGAAACAGAAAGAACACUUUUGGGAAAAAAUAUCCUUUUGUAGUGUGCAGGGAACAUUUCAGAAAGAAGAGAGAAAGAAGCCACUCUUUUUCAGAAAGUAUAUCUUUACUUUUCUUAUUAAUUUACUAAAUAUUACAAAAGUGAGUAAAUUAACAAUAAAAGAAAUACUUGGAAAGACAGGCAGGCCUCAGCCUCCAACUACUAAUAUACUACGAAAUGUACCUCUACUCCAGAAUUACACGGUGCUUAAAACGCCCAUGCUCAGCUUUUGAUUGGUGUUAUGGACAGAAUUCAGAGAGAGAGAAUUAAGUUGAUCAAAAGGCAGGCAGGUUUACCAGAGUUGUUCUCCAGUAUGUCUGUUUCUACAAUAACCUUCUUCUGAGAACAUGCAGCUAACACCAAGAGACAUGUAUUGAUUCAUCAUAAGUUAUUAGCGGAUACUGUUAUGAUUGAAAAAUGUUGGAAAGUGAACGAUAUUUGCUUUUUGUCUGUUCUAGUCAUUCGCAGAUGCAGAAUACCAUGUACAUUUAACACUUUCUUUUGCGCCACAUUGUGCUCCAUAGCUCUUGCCUGAUACUCAGCAGUACCCUUUGGAAGAGUCACUGUUGGGACACCUCGAUCUGUCAAAGCAUCUUGUCUAGCAAUAAAGUUCUACUAUUUGA